AUGCAGUUUGAUAAAAGUAGAUUUUUGGAAACUGAUAGUAAAAAAUAUAAAAGAAACCAAACCACUUCUAAUGAAGUUCAUAUAACGGAUUACAGGCAUUCUAAUUAUCCUAAUCAUGCUAAUCUUGAUAAUACUAAUAGUGAUAAUAACAGUAAUAAUAAAUCUAUGAUGAAUACAGAUCAGCUGAAAUUGAACUUAUAA